UGAAAACAGAGGUGGUGUGUCAGCGUUAUUUGACAGAAAACGACCCGGAGCUUCUCUCACCAGCUGCGCACUCACUCAUUCAUUCAUUCAAUUCUUCUUACCUUUGUGAUGGAUAAUGAGACUGAGGUUUUCUAUCGGCAAUUGCCAAAAGUGGAGCUUCACGCUCACCUCAACGGUUCAGUCAGUUCCCAGACGAUCGAAAAACUCAUCGGCCGAAAGCCACAUCUCAACAUUGAGCACAGCAUGACUGCUAUUGGGAAAGGCCAGCGGAGGACACUGGACGAGUGUUUUCAGGUCUUUAAGGUCAUCCAUCAGCUGGUGGACACAGAGGAGGACAUUCUGAUGGUGGCUACAGAUGUAAUCAGGGAGUUUGCAGCUGAUUCUGUCAAAUAUUUAGAGCUCAGAAGUACACCAAGGGAGGAGAAAAACACAGGUUUGACAAAAAGGAAAUAUAUUGAAGCCAUCAUCAGAGCCAUACAGCUGUGUAAAAGUGAGGGACUGGACAUUGAUGUCAGGCUUCUUGUGGCGAUUGACCGAAGGAAUGGAGCGAAGGUUGCUAUGGAGACGGUGGAGUUGGCUGAAGAGUUCCUGCUGUCCUCUGAUGGUUUGGUGGUGGGACUCGAUCUAAGCGGAGAUCCAACAGUGGGUGAUGGAAAAUCUCUACUUCCAGCUCUAGAGAGGGCCAGAAACUGUGGACUGAAGUUGUCAUUGCACCUCUCAGAAGUACAAUCCCAGCUGGAGGAGUCAGAGUUGCUGCUGAAUCUUCCUCCAGACAGGAUUGGUCACGGUACCUUCUUGCAUCCUGAAGUGGGUGGAUCUCAAAGUCUGGUUGACAAAGUGCUUAAGAACAACAUACCACUGGAGUUAUGCCUGACAUCAAAUGUUAAAGGACAAACUGUGCCAUGUUACUCCAAGCAUCACUUUAAAUACUGGUACCAGCUGGGACAUCCAAGUGUGAUUUGUACCGAUGAUAAGGGCGUCUUCUGUACAGACUUGUCUCAGGAGUAUCAGCUGGCGGCUUCCACAUUUGGUCUCAGUCAUGACGCCAUGUGGAAGCUCUCCCAGCAAGCCAUAGAUUGCAUCUUCGCACCAGAGACCGUGAAACAGCAGCUCAGACAGAAGUGGAUAGAUUUACAGCCUCAGGUGUUUAAGUGA